AUGGUCCAAGGCAAUGAUACCCCAACUUCAGAAUUUCUUCUCCUGGGACUAUCAGAGGACCCAGAACUGCAGCCCAUCCUAUUUGGCCUGUUCCUCUGUACGUACCUGAUCACUGUGUUGGGAAAUCUGCUCAUCAUCCUGGCCGUCAGCUCAGACUCCCACCUCCACACACCCAUGUACUUCUUCCUCUCCAACCUGUCCUUGGUAGACAUCUGUUUCACCUCCACCACCAUCCCGAAGAUGUUGGUGAGCAUCCAGACACAGAGCAAAGCCAUCACGUGUGCAGGCUGCAUCACCCAGAUGUAUUUUUUAAUCCUGUUUGGAGGAUGGGACAAUUUUCUUCUAACUGCGAUGGCCUAUGACAGGUUUGUUGCCAUCUGUCACCCCCUGCACUACAUGGUCAUCAUGAGUCCCCAGUUCUGUGGACUGCUGCUUUUGCUGUUGUGGAUAAUAAGCUCCCUGAAUUCCCUGUUACAUAGUUUGAUGUUGUUGAGACCAUCCUUCAGGGAAGACUUGGAAAUCCCCCACUUUAUCUGUGAAAUUAAGCAGAUGAUAAAACUUGCCUGUUCUGACACCUUUCUUAAUGACAUGGCUAUGUAUUUGGCCACUGGGCUGCUGGCUAGUGGUCCCCUGGCUGGGAUCCUUUACUCUUACUCUAAGAUAGUGUCCUCCAUAUGUGCAAUCCCAUCAGUUCAGGGGAAAUACAAAGCAUUUUCAACCUGUGCAUCUCAUCUCUCAGUUGUCUCCUUAUUUUAUUGUUCGGUCUUAGGUGUGUACUUCAGCUCUGCCAGUACCCACAGCUCACAGUCAAGCGCAGUCACCUCAGUGAUGUACACUGUGGUCACACCCAUUCUGAACCCCUUCAUCUACAGUCUCAGGAACAGAGACAUAAAGGAGUCUCUGAAAAGAAUUUUGGGGAUGGCACAUACCAAGUGUACAAUUGUCCUGGGGCUGAAAAUGUGA